GCAUUUGAACCGCGUUUCUCAAUACUGGUGUUACACUUGGUAUGUUCAAAUGGUUUAAAUGGUUGUGGACGGAAUAGAAGAAGCUUUCGCUUAACAGGCUUCCGUGUGUAGUAGCAGGGGAUCACCAAAUCCUCCAGGCAGGAACCUAGGCCAGCGGUUGCUCUACACGCUCAUCUCACUGAACACAAGUUAUCUCAACUAUCGUUCUUCGAGAAUUGUCAUUCAUUAGUUGCCUGGUCUGUUGUUAUAAUCUUCUAUUUCAUCAUUUAAAUUAUGAAUCAAAAACAUUAUCUUGUUCCAUCAUUUCUGGCCUCAAAGGGAUUGGUUAAACUUCACAUCGACUCCUUCAAUCAUUUUAUUCAAACAGAAAUAAAAAAUAUUGUCCGAGCAAACAGUCGUGUCAGUGUUCCAGAAGCCAAUUGGUGGUUAGAGUAUAAUGACAUAUAUAUCAAACCUCCAACAGUAAAUGAUGGAGGGGUUGUCGCCAGCCGUGUUACUCCUCAUGACUGCAGACUCCGUGACCUAACAUAUGCUGGCGAAAUUCUUGUUGACGUUACGUUUGUUAGACAGAACGAAGUAGUAUCGAAAAAAGGUGUCCUUAUUGGUCGCAUGCCAAUCAUGCUAAAAAGCUCCAUAUGUGUACUAAAUGGUAAAAGUCCUUCGGAGCUUAUGCGACUUAAAGAAUGUCCAUUGGAUCCUGGCGGUUACUUCAUUAUUGGUGGUACUGAAAAAGUAGUUCUCAUGCAGGAACAAACUUCCAAGAAUCGUCUGAUCAUUGAAGAAGAUAGUAAACGUGGAUUAGUGUGUUCUGUGACAUCGUCCUCUGCUCAAACGAAAUCUAAGACUAACAUCGUCACGAAAGAUGAUAAAUUUUACCUUUCUCAUAAUUCCUUCAUCGUGGAUGUCCCUAUUGCCAUAUUGUUUAAAGCAAUGAACAUUACUUCUGACCAGGAACUAUUGCAGCUUAUUGGGACAGAAGAAUCUGUUUGGGCUAACUUUGUUCCUAGCCUUAAAUUAUGUUUGGAAUAUAAUAUCCAUACCUGCUUAGAUGCUUGCAAUUGGUUACAUUCACGUUUAAGACAACCUCGAUAUCGCACUGCUUUCGGAGCUAGUAGGACGCUACGAACUGCUGCUAAUAUUUUAGAGACAGAUAUUAUCUUAGAAAUACAGAGAUUUUUACGAGAUAUAAUUAUUACACAUAUUGAAAUGGAAAAACUUAACUUUGCGCCGCGUGCAUUCUUCUUGGGUCAGAUGGUUCGUUAUUUAAUACUAGCCAACGAAAAACGUAUUCCUCCAGAUGAUCGGGAUUUUUAUGGGAACAAACGUAUCGAAUUGGCUGGUAGCUUGCUGGCCCUUUUAUUCGAAGACGUCUUCAAGACAUUUAACGAAGAUCUCUGGUUAACAGUGUCCAAGAUUGAUACAAAACGCCGAUGUACACCUUUUGAUAUAUCUCGACAUAUCAAAACGUGGAUGAUAACCGAACAGUUAAAUAGAGCAAUUUCUUCUGGAAAUUGGAUCAUAAAACGAUUCCGUAUGAUGCGACAUGGUGUUACACAAGUUGUUAGCCGUUUAUCUUACGUUGCUGCCUUAGGACAUAUGACUCGAAUGACGAGCCAAUUUGAAAAAACUCGUAAGGUCUCUGGUCCACGUUCUAUUCAUGCAAGCCAAUGGGGUCUUAUCUGCCCAUCUGACACACCUGAAGGGGAAGCUUGUGGACUUGUUAAAAAUGUUGCUCUCAUGUGUCAUGUUACGGUCGAAGUAGACGAUGCACAUUUGAUUGAGCUAAUUAGCAACUAUUAUACAUUUCCACUCUACCAGAUGAGAUAUGCUAAAAAUGAGUACGUAAUAUAUGUAAAUGGAAAACCGAUUGGAUUCACUCAACACCCUGGGAAACUAUGUGUUUUGAUUAGAGGUCUUCGGCGUUCGGGUAGAAUUCACGGCUUUGUUUCUGUUUAUAUCAAGCAAGCUUAUCAGUGCGUUCAUGUCGUUAGUGAUGGUGGCAGAUUCUGCAGGCCUUAUAUUAUUCUGUGCAAUGGAAGACCACUCGUAACGGAAUCUGUUCUUCAGGAUUUACGCCACAAUGUUCUAAAUUGGGAUGAUCUAUUGAAAAAAGGGUUAGUUGAAUAUUUGGAUGUUAAUGAACUCAACGAUUGUCUGGUUGCAAUGGACGAGUCCUGUUUAACCGACGGUAAUCACUAUACUCAUAUGGAAAUCGACCCCGCCACAAUUUUAGGUGUCGUUGCUGGUUUAAUUCCUUAUCCGGAUCACAAUCAAUCUCCCCGAAAUACUUAUCAAUGUGCUAUGGGUAAGCAAGCUAUCGGCACUGUUGCACUUAAUCAGCAAAUCCGUUUUGAUACGCUUCAAUGUCAAAUGGUCUACCCUCAAAAACCCCUUGUUCAGUCGAAAACUAUUCAAAUGAUGCAUUUUGAUGAGCUCCCUGCCGGUCAAAAUGCAGUUGUAGCAAUAAUGUCUUAUUCUGGGUAUGACGUUGAGGAUGCAUUGGUUAUUAACCAGGCUUCAAUUGAUCGAGGUUUUGCUCGUGCUUGUGUUUAUCGUCGGUCGGGUGUUCAUCUCAAAAUGCAUGAAAAUGCAGUUUACGAUCGCUUAAUGGGCCCUAGCAUAGAGCGAGAGACCGGCGUUCUUCGUCGUGGAGAUGAGGUGCUUCAGGCGGAUGGAGUUGCGUACAUUGGCGCUUGUGUUAACGACCGUCAAAUCCUUAUCAAUAAGGAAAUGCCUGUUGUUAGUUCAAGCGCUGUAUUGGAUAAUGCGGGAUCGCUUAGUUUAAAUGUGAAUACACCAGAGAACGCGACGGAAUUUAAGCGUUGUCCCGUAGACUACAAAGGGAUAGAACCGUCCUAUGUAGAAAAAGUUAUGUUUUCCACAUCAGAAGGAAACCAAGCAGUAGUAAAGAUAUUGUUGCGUCAAACUAGAAGACCCGAAGUUGGCGAUAAGUUUUCCAGUCGCCAUGGUCAAAAAGGAGUCGUUGGACUUAUUGUUCGUCAAGAAGAUUUGCCUUUCUCAACGAAUGGCCUUACUCCUGACAUCAUAAUGAAUCCCCAUGGAUUUCCCAGUAGGAUGACGGUGGGUAAAUUGUUAGAAGUCUUGGGUAGCAAAGCCGGGGCCAUCGAAGGAAAAAUUCGAGACGGUUCAGCGUUUUCUGGGGAUCCUGCUGAAGUCCUUUCACAAGUACUUAUUGAUCAUGGGUAUCAUUAUCUUGGCAAGGAGAUUUUGUAUUCUGGAGUUACUGGAGCCCCGCUUGAAGCGUUUAUUUACUUUGGUCCUGUUUAUUACCAGCGACUUAAGCAUAUGGUUAUGGACAAAGUACAUGCUCGCUCACGCGGGCCUGUCACAGCAUUGACUCGACAGCCGACGGAGGGUCGUAGUAGAGAAGGAGGUUUACGAGUUGGAGAAAUGGAACGAGACUGUUUUAUUGCUUAUGGUACUUCACAAUUACUAUUAGAACGUCUUUUGCUUUCCAGCGAUGCCUAUGAUGCAUGUGUAUGUGAAAAAUGUGGUUUGUUAGCUACAUCACCUAACUGGUGUCAGUAUUGUCGAAGUAGUCGUCAAGUUGUUUCUGUCCGUAUGCCGUAUGCCUGCAAGCUGCUUUUCCAAGAACUGAUGUGCAUGAGGAUUCUGCCGCGCCUUCGUUUAAGGACUGCUUAUCAUAGCAGUAUACACACUAAAUCUAGGUGAUCCAUUUUGUAUAUUCAAAUUAAUUGUUGAUAACUGCUAUAUAAUUCUUAUGAAUUUGUAUAAAAUCAGCUGUCACUAUUUGAACAUGUUUUACUUAUAUUUAUCAAUGCGUAUUUCCAUUUACUGCGAAUCGAUAGUGAGUACAACAUAAGGGAACUGAUUAAGAACCAAUUAAGAAAUUUUAAACGGGUUAACAAGUCAAAGGUAAACGAAGAAAGACGUCCAUGUUCCUUGUAUUCAUCUAUCUAAAUACGCUUGUGUUUAAAUACUUGAUAAAAAUGUAAUGAAAUUAUUUAUCUUACCUU